GGAAAACUCCAUUCCCCACAAUGCCCUGUUGUCAUGUGGGCGAAGAAGGCUAAACCGAUGAAGAGCCUCCACUUGGUAUUACUUGAUUAAAUCUUGAUUUUAUCAAUUGAAUAUCGCCUUUUCCCGCUCGGUAAAAUAUCGCAGGCGUUGGAAAACCCCGGGUGGACUGAACCGCUCGCACAUCGCGGACGAUCCGUCGCUGUCAAGCAGGAAUCAUCAAAAAUAAGUGAGGACAUCCGGUGACCGAGGGACAACGAUGGUGUCCGAGCUGCCGACUCACUAAGUUCUGCCAGAGAAGACGUCUGAUGAGAAAUUACUGCAACGUUACAGAUCCCGGAAUGGAAGAAAAGGCAAACGGCUCUGUUGACACCAAAAGCCCAGUGGAGAACGGUCAGGUGCCCGACCCGGCCAACUGGGGGGUCGCUGAUGUCGUCAACUACUUCAAAGCUACGGGGUUCGAGGAACAAGCCACGGCUUUCCAGGAUCAGGAAAUCGACGGCAAGUCCCUGCUCCUGAUGACGCGUAACGACGUCCUGACGGGGCUGUCGAUAAAGCUCGGCCCAGCGUUGAAGAUCUACGAGUAUCACGUGAAGCCACUGCAGACUCAGCACCUGAAGAGCAACGCGUCGUAGCAGCACACGCUGUCCCCAGCAACUCACCCCAGCGACAAUCAACCCGUCAGGAGAUCCCAGGUCAGCUGCCGCGUCACAGACAACUCUUGUCACCGUGGCCCCAGAACAGGAUUUGAAUGCUGUGUGUUUUUUAUUAAGCAUGGGUUGACCGUGGAGUCCACUCAGCUGUUUACCCUUUCAGCCAUUCUUAUUUCUGCUGCGUGAGGUAUGUAUUUUAUUUGUGAGUGUGAGAACAAAUUUGGGGCGGGGGGGGUCAGAAUUGAAUUAAUCUUGUUUGUUUGAACGUAUUUGUACUUCAGAUGAUAUAGUUGAAAGCUGUGUCUGUUCUGUGUUUUAUGAACACUUUGAUAAAUGCAGACAGUUACUCUGAUGCAUCCCAUUUUACCCCAAAAUUUCCACGAAUCGUCCUUUCACAUGUAAUUCACAAUAAAGUUUUUUUUAUUUUCAGAACACAACAAGCCACCUUCUCUAUCCAGGCCCGAGGCUCGUUACACAAACAAAUAUUUAUGUGUAUAUAUAUUCUUAUUAUUAUAUUUCCUACCUGUGGUGCUCUCAGCAUUUUGUCACAACUGUAUUGAAGUGUGUAUGACUAAUGUAUAUGUGCAGCAUAACACUGGAGUGUGAAUAUCUGAAGCAAAGAUUUGCAAUAAAUGGUGCUCUUUUCUCACCAAAGAACAACAUCGGAUGAAA